AUGGCGGUGCGCUUGCCAGCCCUGUUCCCCCGCCUGCGUUCCUCCCUGCAUUAUGCGCACUGGCCGGCUGGCGACCGUAUCGAUCUGAAGGAGAUCUGCCCCAGCCCGCAUGACGUGACCUCCCUGCUGAAGCUGUAUCUCCGCGAGUUGCCCGAGCCGCUAUUCACCUUCGAGCUUUAUGACUGCUUCAUGGCAGCCAACGAGAUUUCCGACGUGCCAACCCGUCUGGAUUGUCUGCGCAAAAUCAUCACCUACCUGCCGCCCGGCAACUACACGCUGAUCCUCUUCCUGAUCAAAUUCCUGCGGAUCGUUGCUCUGCUGGAGGACAGCAACAAAAUGGGCCCCAACAACCUCUCAGCGGUCUUCGCACCGAACCUGCUCCGCAGCGAGUCCGAGCAGGAUCCCAGCGGCGACAUGAGUGGCUUUGACAUCAAGGGCACACAGCACGCGUCCGAGAUCAUGUACUCGCUGUUGGUGGAUUUCGAUCACAUUUUCCCGGAUGGCGGGUCCGUUCAUUUCGAUUUCGAAUACAUUGCCGGCGGCGUUGAGCCUCCGCCCUCGAUCCAGGUGGACCCGGUGGUGGACGUCGGCCUGGCAGCGACCGAAGAUCUGACCGCGGUGGUGGAUCCGUGGAUGAUUGAGCGUGCCGAGGCCGAUGGUCUGGCAGACUUCGGUGCCCUGUCGCUGCAGGCCGGCGACCCGGCAGGGGCCGCGGGCAGCGGCUACACCACUGACUACGUGCCCUCCCCUUCGGAGUCGGUUCUCUCGGACCAGAGCCACUGCUCCGUGGCCACGGUGGCCACGACGACGGGCGGCAGCGGCGGCGGCGGCGGCGGCGGGUCUCUGACGGACACCGAGUCGCCGGAUGGCUUCGCCUCUGGGCCUGGCCCGGCCGGCUCCUCCUCGGCCGGGGGGCCCGCGCCCAAUGGACCAUCGUCCUUCAGCCGGCUGAAGCACCGCGCCAACAACAUCAAGCAGCAGCUGUCCCGCAGCAUGAAGGGCAACAUGCAGCACCCAUCGCAGCAGCAGCAGCAGCAACAUCAUCAUGGUGGCAGCGGUGGGGCCCUGGCUGGCCACCACUCGGCGCCGCAUAUUUCCUCGCCGCUGACCACCGGGGCCCUUGCCCCGGAGUACGGCACCGAGGGGGACAACGACGAGGGCGAUGAGGACGAUGCGCUGCUGUGCCAGCAGCAGUCCCAACAGCCGUUGGCCCUGGAUGGCCAUACGGCGGCCAUUUCCCCGUGUGAUUACUCGCUGGCCGACCGCUGGUCGGCGGCCAGCCCGGCAGGAGGAGGGGGGGACCCGCAGCCGGCCGCGUCGGCUCUCGCCGGGGCAAACAGCACCGCCGCUUCGCCGCCCCCGCCCUCUCGCCCGACCGGCGCAUCAUCGCCCGCCAAGUCCUUCUCCAUUUCGGCCCCCUCGCCGACGCGGACAUUCGGCGGCCCCGGUAGCGGUGCAUCCCCCUCUCCCCACCACCAUCAUUCCCCCCCCUCGGCUGGCACUCUGCCAUCUAAGCAGCGGGUGCCGCGGCCGGCCACGAUGGCCGGUGCGCCUGACCCGGGGGCCGGGCCAUACCCCGGGCGGCCGGCUGGUCUGGGUGCCGGGCCGCAAGUGUCUGACACGUAUCCUGGCCGGCGUGGCGCACAGCACCCUUCCAGUGGUGUUGACUUCACUGGCUCCGGGAGGGCUCCUUCACAUUUCCGUCAUUCCUUCGCUCCCGGUGGCGGGGCAGCCGCCACGGCUGGCACCUCCCCGGCGGGCAGCCUGCCUUCCAGUACCACGGGCACGAGCGCGGCCACUCCCUUCUCCUACUCCCUGCAGUCCGGGCCCGUGGUGUCCACCCUCGCCAUCGACCCGGUGACCUUCCUCAACUCCGGCUCCACGGACUCCAUUGACCGGAUCUCCUCCAUCCCGGCGGCCACGCUGGACUCGUCGGCCACAUCGGCCUACUUGGCGGUUGUCCCGCAGGCGGGCGAUCUUACACUGGGCAUGGGCGGUAUCGGGGGCGCCGGCGCGGGCAGCGGCACUGGUCGUGGCCGCGAUGGCAGCCCGGAUCCCGGGUCCUUCUCGCCGGCCCUGCUAAACAUCAACACCGGGGCCCUGCGCCGGAGUGCCGGUGGUCUCCCCGGCAUGGACCCCGGGGCCGGGGGCGUGUCAGCCCCUCCGGCCCGGCGGCGUCCCUCGCAAAUCAUCCGCCUCUCGGGGGAGCUAUUUGCCGAUGCCUCGAGCUCGCCACCCCCAUCGAGCACCUCCUUUGCUCGCUUGGCUCCGACCCCGCCCUCUGCCAGCUAUGACGUCUGGUGCCAGACCGCGGCGGCGGCCGACGCCCGGCGGAGGCAUGGACAGCAGCCAGGGCAGGUGGCCUCGCGUGCCGGGAGUCCCGACCUGGCGGCCGCCGUAUCGGCAGCCGCCUCGGCCGCUUCGACUGCCCCGGCUUCGGCCACUUCAUCGGCCGUGGGCUCGCCCUCGCUCGGGAGCGGGGGCGCUGCCGGUGGCGCGGAGUUCGGCGAGGGCCUUCCGGAUGCCGGCGACUCGGAUGUGAGCCUGCGCCCGGUGGCCCCCUCCAACGGCCCGCACGUCCGGCCAAUGUCCUUGUUCGAUCCGCCUGUGGUGGAGGCCCGGCCGGCGGACAUCCGCCAGCUGGCCAACGAGAUCAAUGCCCUGUCGGGUCGGGUCCCCGGCAGCGGGGCUACUUCUCCCGUGGCCACCGCCGCCGCCGCUGCCGCCGCCGGUGGGGAAUCGGCGUCCUCCUCUUCCUCGUCCUUCGCGCUGCCUCCGCGGUCGGCUCGCGGUAGCACCUUUGCUGCGCCGCCUGUGUCGGGUGCCCGCGGUCCCGCCUUCGCCACCUCGUCGCCAUUUGCCACGGCCGCCGAGGAAUCCACGCCAGCCUUCGGGGCGGCCCCCCCACCACCCGGUUCCCACCGUCAUUCCAAGCCCAACCUUCAUAUUUCCACCUCCUGGGACACUGGGGCUCGGCCCGGCGCGGGCCGUCCCGAUCACGACCCGGCCCACUUGCCGCUCGAAUCGCCGGCCAUCAUCCAAGAGCCCAACACCCGGCCCAGUGUCUUCCUCAAAUCCUUUAGCUCCUUCAACCCGGCGCCCCCUCCGCCCGUGGCGCCGGCCGCGGUCAAGCCCCGGCGGCAGACCCGGUCGAGUGUCGUGUUGCAGGCCCGUGCCUUUGAGGAUAUUGCUGCGCGCAACCAAAUGCCAGCACACGGACCGCCGGCCCCGCCGCCGGCUGCCCUCACCGGCCGGCAUCCGCCCGCUGCCGCUCCCGGCAGCACCGGCGGCCAUAGACUGUAGCUACGCGUGCGCGUGCGCGUGCGCGUGCGCGUGCGCGUGCGCGUGCGCGUGCGCGUGGCCGGCCCCGGGCCCGCAGCACCUUCGCCCAUCUUUCUCUCCCCCCUCCCCCCCCCCCUUCC